AUGGCUCCAGUCGCUCUCACCUCCUCCCUUACCUCGCCUCCCGGUGUCCCCACCAAGAAAUCUCAGAUCGCCAACAUGAAAAACGAUGCUGGGCUCAACCUCGAUGCUGAUGGAUCUUCAACUCCUUACUCUGCUACCUCUACCGCUGUUUCCGAGGCAGGUGGUAAAUCUCCUGACGCCGCUGCGGUCCACAAAGCUCUCGUCGAUUCGGCUUUACCUGAUCCUACUCCUUCACCAACAGAUUCAGGAUACUACUCCCACCUCAUCGCUUCAUCUUUACCUACCCCCCACACCAAAGCUGGAUCUACCGUACAUGCUUCGGCUGUAGACGUCCUAGAAGCUUUUGCUGUCAAACACUCUGAAUCGGUUUGGGUAUACGAUGAUGCCACUCAAGUGGGCUUCGGAGCCAGAUUAUCUGAAUUCUCAAGCAAGAAGAUCCACGAUUUGCAGACUCGAGAAGGUGCUGGUUUGGAAUUAGCUGGUUAUUCCAAGAAAUCAUCUGGUAAAUUCUCAGUAUUCGCUACUAUCAAAACAUUGCCCUAUCUCUUAUCAUCCCUCGAAAGGAUCGAAGGAGAUGUGGUAGUUCACCUCUCAACCAUUAUCGCCAACGAAUCAUUAGAAUUCCAAGAUGGCCUCUACUCAUCCGGUGUAUUGAAGGAUCUCCUCUCCGUUCCCGAAGACUGGGAAGUUGUCUUCUCAUCUUCAGGAAACGGGUUGUUGGAUACCACAUCCAAAUUAUACGGAUCGGAAGCCAGAAAGGUCAUUCACGUAGUAUCGUCCGCUGCAUCCAGCAGAGAAAUUACCUCUUACACCUUCCCUUCCCCCUCGGAUGCUUCCAUCCCUUCGACAAAAUCUUUCGAUCUCUCAGCUUCUUCCGUAUACGUUGUCCCUGUCGGCAAACUCGCCAAAGAUCUUUACGACAACUUACCCGUUGGAUCAACCUUGUUCGAGUUCAAGACCCUCAACCCAUCACCCGAAGAAGUCUUCAGCGCCCUUACAUCUUCUGAAGGAGCUGAAAGAAAGACCGUAUCAGUCGUAGGAGCCUCCAAAGCCGAUGCCGAAGCUCUCAAGGCUCUUACCUUGUCUGCCCUUUACUCAGCUUCCGGAUCAAGCAAGGUUGUGCUUCCAACAGUCAAAUCAGUCGUCGCUUCUUCAGCUGCCGACCUCUUACCUGCGAAGGAAGCUACUCUCCCCGGAAAGGUCAUCUCCUUCUACUCUUCUCCUCUUUCACCUCUUCCUCAGCUACUCUCUCAUUUAUUCCUCUCUUCUCCUUCUCUCGAAACUCGACUUGCUCAAUUCGGUUCGUCCGCUGCUCGAGGUGUCAAGUCGGUACUCUCGCUCGCUCCUUCCGGUUCAGUCACCGAUAACUUGACCGUCGACCAAGCCUCUGAUGUCACUUGGGUUAACGAUGCGAACGUUCUCAAAUCGACCGAUGUUCUUUCAUCUGCUAAAGAUGGCUCCAUCGUUGUUCUUGAGUUGCCGUGGUCCGAGGAGGAAGUAGCUGUCAAACUUACUCGAUCCGAGAUCUCCACUGUCAAGUCCAAGAAUCUCCGAGUCUUCCUCCUCGACUUGUCCGCUUCUCCCGUACUCCCCAUCCAAGAGCAAGUUGCCUUCCUUUUACUAUACACCGGUACCAAGAAACUCUCCGCCGGUGUCUGGAAGGUGCUCGAUGCUUUCCACUCUCAUCAACUCAACCGGGACGAUGUGGAAGUUGGUCAAGCUGCACUCACCGAGUUGCAUCCAUCUGGUUGGGAAGUACCUGAAUUGGAAGAAGGUAAAACCGAGAAGCUCAAGUCUACUUGGGAAUGGGAUGCUCUUCCCGGUACAGCUGGUAUUGUGGAUGUUCACUCGGAUGACCAACCUUUGACUGCUUCUUGGGAAUUGGCAGCGAGACACCUCUUCUUCAGAGAAGCCUUCGCUGUCCCCGAAGCCAAAGUGGUUGAUUCGGACGUAUCCAAGAACCUCCCCGGUAUCAACGGACUGAGACCUUCGAUGGCCGACGAAACUUUCCUCGUUACUGUUUCCGAAAACAGGAGAUUGACACCUGCUAGCUACGAUCGAAAUGUAUUCCAUCUGGAACUUGAUACCGCUGGUACAGGCUUGAAAUACGAGAUUGGAGAAGCUAUCGGUAUUCAUGGAUGGAAUGACACUGAAGAAGUGUUAGAUUUCUGUUCGUGGUACGGCCUUAACCCAGAUGAUUUGGUCACAUUCUCCAACCCUCUUAAGGCUGGUACCAACGAGACUAGAACAAUCUUCCAACUCUUACAACAGAACGUCGACCUAUUCGGUAGGCCCGGUAAAGCAUUCUACGCCGCUUUGUCUAAGACCGCCAAGGCCAAAGCCGAUGCUAUGGCUCUCAAGUUCAUCUCUGCUCCAGAAGGUAAUGAGCUCUUCCAAAAGAUGGCUGAGAAAGAGACCGUCACUUUUGCCGAUGUCUUGUUCAGAUACAAAACUGCUCGACCCUCUAUUGCGGACUUAAUCGGUAUGAUACCUGAGAUCAAACCUAGACAUUACUCUAUCGCUUCCAGUCAAAAGGCUGUGGGUGACAAGGUCGAAUUGUUGAUUGUCACGGUUGAUUGGAAGGAUCACAAGGGCUCUCCUCGGUUCGGUCAAUGUACCCGAUACCUCGCUGCUCUCGCCCCAGGUGCUAAAGUGACUGUAUCCAUCAAACCAUCCGUCAUGAAAUUACCUCCUGACAACAAGCAACCUAUCAUCAUGGCUGGUCUUGGUACUGGUGCCGCUCCCUUCCGAGCGUUCAUGCAACACAGAGCCUGGCAACGAACCCAAGGAAUCGAAGUUGGUCCUCUCAUCUACUACUUUGGUUCUCGAUACCGAUCUCAGGAGUACCUCUAUGGAGAAGAGAUCGAAGCUUACAUCUCUAGUGGAAUCAUCUCCCAUGCGGGUCUAGCAUUCUCUCGAGAUUCUGAUUCGAAGACAUAUAUCCAACACAAGAUGUCAGCCGACAAGAAGAUGUUAUCCAAGCUCUUACUUGGUAAAGAUUCAGAUGCGGCUUACUUCUACCUUUGUGGACCUACUUGGCCUGUACCCGAUGUGUUUGAAGCUCUUGUUGGAAGUUUGACUGACACGGGUAUGGACAGGAAGAAGGCUGAGGAGUAUAUCGAGGAAUUGAAGGAGGAGGAAAGAUAUGUCUUGGAAGUUUACUAG